CGCCUGCUCGCGUCCAAGGUGCCGCCUCUGAGUAGGGCGGGCGAGGAGGCAGCCAAGGCGGAGCUGAUGGCUGCGCCGAGGGCGGGGCGGGGUGCAGGCUGGAGCCUUCGGGCAUGGCGGGCUUUGGGGGGCAUUCGCUGGGGGAGGAGACCCCGGUUGACCCCUGACCUCCGGGCCCUGCUGACGUCAGAAACUUCUGACCCCCGGGCCCGAGUGACUUAUGGGACCCCCAGUCUCUGGGCCCGGUUGUCUGUUGGGGUCACUGAACUCCGAGCAUGCCUGACGUCUGGGACCCCGGGUCCCCGGGCACAACUGACUGCGGUGACCCCAGAUACCAGGACCCGGGAGGCCUCAGAGAACUCUGGAACCCGUUCGCGCGCGUGGCUGGCGGUGGCGCUGGGUGCUGGGGGGGCAGUGCUGUUGUUGUUGUGGGGCGGGGGUCGGGGUCCUCCGGCCGUCCUCGCCGCCGUCCCUGGCCCGCCGCCCGCUUCUCCCCGAAGUCAGUACAACUUCAUCGCAGAUGUGGUGGAGAAGACAGCACCUGCCGUGGUCUAUAUCGAGAUCCUGGACCGGCACCCUUUCUUGGGCCGCGAAGUCCCUAUCUCGAACGGCUCAGGAUUCGUGGUGGCUGCCGAUGGGCUCAUUGUCACCAACGCCCAUGUGGUGGCUGAUCGGCGCAGAGUCCGUGUGAGACUGCUUAGCGGCGACACGUAUGAGGCCGUGGUCACAGCUGUGGAUCCCGUGGCAGACAUCGCAACGCUGAGGAUUCAGACUAAGGAGCCUCUCCCCACGCUGCCUCUGGGACGCUCAGCGGAUGUCCGGCAAGGGGAGUUUGUUGUUGCCAUGGGAAGUCCCUUUGCACUGCAGAACACGAUCACAUCCGGCAUUGUUAGCUCUGCUCAGCGUCCAGCCAGAGACCUGGGACUCCCCCAAACCAAUGUGGAAUACAUUCAGACUGAUGCAGCUAUUGAUUUUGGAAACUCUGGAGGUCCCCUGGUUAACCUGGAUGGGGAGGUGAUUGGAGUGAACACCAUGAAGGUCACAGCUGGAAUCUCCUUUGCCAUCCCUUCUGAUCGUCUUCGAGAGUUUCUGCAUCGUGGGGAAAAGAAGAAUUCCUCCUCUGGAAUCAGUGGGUCCCAGCGGCGCUACAUUGGGGUGAUGAUGCUGACCCUGAGUCCCAGCAUCCUUGCUGAACUACAGCUUCGAGAACCAAGCUUUCCCGAUGUUCAGCAUGGUGUACUCAUCCAUAAAGUCAUCCUGGGCUCCCCUGCACACCGGGCUGGUCUGCGGCCUGGUGAUGUGAUUUUGGCCAUUGGGGAGCAGAUGGUACAAAAUGCUGAAGAUGUUUAUGAAGCUGUUCGAACCCAAUCCCAGCUGGCAGUGCAGAUCCGGCGGGGACGAGAAACACUGACCUUAUAUGUGACCCCUGAGGUCACAGAAUGAAUAGAUCACCAAGAGUAUGAGGCUCCUGCUCUGAUUUCCUCCUUGCCUUCCUGGCUGAGGCUCUGAGGGCGCCGGGACAGAGGGUUAAAUGAACCAGUGGGGGCAGGUCCCUCCAACCACCAGCACUGACUCCUGGGCUCUGAAGAAUCACAGAAACACUUUUUAUAUAAAAUAAAAUUAUACCUAGCAACA